CUCAUACAUGCGAAUGUCAAUUUUUCGGCAUUACUAUCAAUUUACCGCUCCAGAAAAUAAAGAAUAAAAGAGAGAAUAAAGCUUGUGCUUAAUUUUAAUAUAUUUAAUAUAAAAACAAAAAGUGAAUUUUUGAAUAUAUUGCAAAAAUAAUUAUUCCGAAAUUGUGCGUGAAAGGUAAUUGUUUGUAGUGUAGGAGUGGCAAGGCAACGCAAGGCAGCAAUUACCAUAAUUUAAUCACUCACAAGGAAGCUGACAUAUUAACGAACCAAUCUAUAAUAGAUUCGUCUAACUAAUAUGGAUGUUUUUUUAAUGAUUCGAAGACAAAAAACCACAAUCUUUACGGAUGCCAAAGAAAAUACAUCGGUAAAAGAACUAAAACGCAUGAUUGAAGGCAUAUUAAAAGUAAAAACUCAAGAUCAACAAUUAUUUAAUCAAGAAAACGAAGAAAUGCUCGACGACAACCCGUUACAACACUACGGAAUAACAAUGGCUUCCGCGAAAGCACAGGCGCCAGCACAACUGGGACUCGCAAUUAGAAGUGAGUCGGGAAACUUUGAACCGCUCGAGAUCACUCCAUAUUCAUCUCCUCCAGAUCUACCAGAAGUUAUGAAAAAUCAGGACGCGGCGAAUGGACAGGAACAGGUUGCAUAGGAUAUAACCUUCGGACAAGAGUCUUAGGAAAACGAGAACAGUUGAUUCAAAUCAAAUUCGUUUUAAAAGUUAUUUUUUUCUAUCCUGUUUUAUUUUAAGAGAUCAUUUGUAAUGACUCGAGCAUAAGAAAAAUACUUAAAUUUAGUUAAAACUUAAAAAACUAAAAUUUUUUAUAGUAACUAUUUGAAGUUCAUGAAUUUAUUAAACGACAUUUUUUG